AUGGCGGGAACUCCCAUUAAUGGGAAUCAAAAGGAAACCCUGAAAUCCUUUUUUACGAAUGGAAUGACACGAGUUGGGUCAAAAUUAAUUCCAAGUGCUGCAUCUGCUACUGGUUUGGACACCAGUGUCAUAGAAAACUGGAUCGGUAAUUACAAAAGAUCACAAAUUUCAAAACCUUUGUCUGAACCCCGUCAAUCAAAGGCAAAAGUUCACGUCAGAGAGCUGUCGCCUUACAAUCUUUUUUGUAGGGACAUAUUCAAAAACAAAGGCACAAUGAAUGACAUUAAGGGCAGGUGGGCCACAUUGGGGGAAGAUGAAAAGAAUAAAUACUUUCAAGAGGCAGCAGCACUGAGGGCACAUGGGCAGACACAGGACCUUAGCCCAGAGAUGAGGGAUGCCCGAAUUAAAAUGCACCUUAAGAAGCUGAAGUUAGAGGUGUCCAAGCUUGAGGAUUUGGGUGCGGAAACAGCCAUUCUAUCAUUUGACCGCCAAAAGUCCUCAUUAGAGGUGUUUGAACUGAGCAGCAAAGGAGCCACUGAUUUCCUUGAUACAACGGAGACAGUGAACAACUUCGCACUGCAUUUCAAAGCCAGCUCCUCACCCGCAACACCCAGUACCAGAGAACAUGUCAGUGUUCUGGUAGGAAAAGUGCAAGAUCUAUUCAACCAAAAAUAUAAGGAGGCCGGAGGUACUGGGAGGCUUCCCUACCAGUCCCUGGUAAAUCAGGGCAUGACCAUUAAUGUAGCUGGACUGCCCACAAGUCUUACCCUCAGGAAGCCUUCCUUUUAUGGAAGGAACCAAUUGGUCGAAAUUUUGAAAGCUGCAGAGGAGAUUUCAUUUGAAAUAAAUGCAGAACAAUCCAACCCCACUGACUUGGGAGAGGGGAUGUCAGAGCACAUGGAUGCAGAAGACACAGCGGAUGGCAUCCAGAUGAAGUCGGUGGAGGAAAUUUUAGAGGCCAUGUGUGAAAAUGGUGCACAGCAGAUGGAAGAGUCCUCAGAAACAGCCACUACUGUAGCCAUCGUGAUGACUGCAGAUAAAGAUGGAGACAAUGUGUGCCGUGUCUGCCGCGUCCAUUUUGAUGACAAAAAUAAGAAUGCAAGAAAGAAGUGGCGUUCAUGGUCACAGUGCACAGUGUGCCAAUCAUGGUCACACACUGCAUGUGGUUUUAAAAAGAACAUGUGCCUUCACUGCCAGUGUCAAAACACCAUGCAAACACCCUGA